UGAAUGAAAAACGUAAAUUGUAAACACCGAUUGUAAACAUUUUAAUUUAGCAAACUUAAUUAGUUUUUAUAUCGUUUUAUAAAAUAAAAGCGUCCUGAUUUAAAAGAUGAAACCAGAAUUAGAAAACUGUGAAAAUAAAGAAGAUACAGUGACUGGUGAUGUCAUAGGAGACACGGCGUACAGCGAACGAUUUGUUCUAAAGUUGUUACUAAAAUUUGCUAACUUGGACACCUUAAAAGAUGAAAUUCAAGAAAAGGCUUUCGAGGAGGACCUCUGCACUCUCUGGGAUAUGACAGCCGAGAGAGAUGUAGUAUUAUUCUUACAAAAACACGAUGUUUUAAACUUGUUCAGUUUCGCCUGGCCGUUGGUUGAAUCGCCUCGGCUUGUGGAAAUUCUCAUUGGUCUUAUAGGCAAUAUGUGCUGCCAGAAAGAAGCAGCGGAAUCUCUGCUUAAAAUGGACAGUUUCCUUACCAUGUUACUAGAAUACGCGAAGUCUGAAGACAGCUUAACCAUUAUACAAUUACUGCGGCUAAUAAACUCCAGUUUAUUUCUAGCCGACGACAACAUAUCAAUUUGGGUCGAUAUGUUUAUUAAUGUGGGAUAUUCAAACGCUCUAUACUUCAUAUUGAAAAACUCUUCCAACAAAGAACUGUUGGUCACAGGUUUGGAAAACUUUAACACAAUAUGCUCAUACUGUAACACUGGCAAGCAUAGAACUAAAUUUUUCGGACAUUUCGUCUCUUCAGAAGCUAUAGUAGCCUUAGCAUCAGCUUUCACAGAGUUAACUGUGAAACAGAAAGAUUGUUGCGAGAGAGAUGAAUUGGAACGAGUUUUAAUAAUAAGUUUACAAAUCACACUGAAUUUAGUAGGGUUUGAUAAAUCUUAUGAUGUAUUCAGUGAUAACAAACCAGAAGUUGGGAAAAUCAUAUCUAUAGUUUUUUCAUAUUAUGAAAAUAAAUUUGUUAUUCAGAAGGAAAUUGAUUUGGAUUUAGUAGAUAUUAUAGAUUCCACUAAAACAAUAGUAAGAGUUCUACAGAUUGGUGAGCUGUGUGAUUAUGAACAGUACUGCCUGCAAAGCUACAGUAUGUGGAAAACUUUAAGUUCGAUCACUACAUUUGACAAAAAUGGAGGAUCAAGCUUUGAAAAUGAGGACAAGGAAGAACUUCAGGACUUUUCCAAGAAAAUGAAAACAUCAUUGAGCAUACUUAUAUUUAGCUAUUUGGAGAGCUGUUCUGAUGACAACUUGGUAAAGGCGUUAGACUUGAUUGACUCAAACUAUGAGGAUAUUCUAAGUUUGGUCAAUGAUAAGUCGUUGGUGAAAGCAGUGUGUAAUAGGGCAGCAAAUUAUAGGACUAGAUUGAAGGAAACUGAAAAUUGUUGAUUUUCAAAGUAUUGUUAUUAGAAGUAAUUGUAAAGUUAGUUGUAUUUUUUUAUCAUAAAUGAAUAGUAAUGCUCUCAAUCACAAUCCUAUUUAUUACUAUUUUGGCACUUGCAUAAUAUACUAAUCAGACACUAAAUAUGUUUUAAACGGCAUUCACUGAUCUCUUGUACUGGAACAGCAUGUCACCAAUUUUUAGCUAUUCACAGAAAUAAUUUACUUACUCCUAAUAAUAACGCAUACUGAUGCAUCAGUAGUCAUGUAUGGCGACAAACUCAAGGUCCUUUUCCACCUCCAUGAUUAUUUUGAAUUCUGUGAUCGUCUUAUUUUAUUAUAUUCCAUUGUCUUUAACUAUUUGAUACACUUGUAUUUUAUUUUAUAUUUGAAAUGGGUGUAAAAAUGACUAUUAUUAUGACAGGGCAGACGUGUUCUGGACUCUUGGAGUUGAGACUGCUUACCAGUCAGCGUAUUGUGGGACAACCUCCAAUCCACUGGAAUGACAACCUUAAAUAGGUGAAAUUGAAUGAAGAAGACUGAGGGAAGGUGUUGGUGUAGUGGUGCUCUUUCCAAAAGGUCAUAUCCAGCAGUAGACGCAUACAAGCUGAUGGAUGGGUGAAUGACAGCAAUACCUAUUUAAAUUGUUGAUUUUUUAGUCAACUAUCACCAUCCCUCAACCUGCACUCUAAUUCACUAGCCGCCUCAGUGAAUCAUUUUUCAAUCAUCUUAAUCAACUGAGACUGCUUUGGUGGACAUAGGUCUCUUGUAAGGAUUCCCACAUGCCACGGUCUUGCGCCACCAGAAUCCAGUGGUUUUAUACCAUAGCUUAAUUAGCUUAAUAAUGUGUUGUGUUAUGCAAGUGAUUGCAAAAUUAAAAUUGACCACUGUAUGAAUUAUUACUUACCAAUGUACUCUCUAUUUUGUUACUAAUAACCAUUUUUUAAUAAUAAAUAAUAAUAUGAUAAAGGAGAAUAAAUAAAAUUACAAUAUGUAUAUGGGAUUAUAUAUUUUUUUUUAGACAUAAUAAAGCAACAUUUACAUUACAUUAUUUAAACGAGUUGUACACCGUCGCCCGAGCGGCUGGCGUAAACUAUUCGAAUGUAACAGUACAUUAACAGAACAAGCAUCCCAGCAUGCACUCAAGCAUAUGCUGCAUAUGCGCCUCACAACUUAUACUCGCGUCGCAUAUGAUCCUCACAUAAAAAAAACUUACACCACAAAUACUGAAAGGGAGAACAGACAUUUUGUAAGUUGCUGCACAAAAGUUUACAUUUUAUUCAUUCCUGUGCUAGACCUGCUUUGUGUAGAUCGAGUCCAGCUGGGCUAGUACGAAGGUUGUGAUUAUUAUCACCUAAAUCAUAGGGUGCUUGCAUAAAGAAGCAGGCUUCUGGUACCUUUACACUACAAGCAUGUACCCUUACACUACAGCUGUCAAAGUUUAAGGCUUGAUAACCAACAAACCAGAUAUAGGCGGAGAUGAGUUUAACAGACUAAUCAGAUUAUUGAUUGAUCUCAAUAAUCUGAUUGGUCCUAUUGAACAUAUCUCCACUCCGCUUCGCUUAGAUGGAUACGGAGCCUAAUUCUAGGCUGAUAUUUGAAAUCUAAACAUUUGAAUAAAGUACGCACAUUUCACACGAAGUUUAGAAUUCGAUAUCGUAUUAAAUAACGCCCAAUUCCAUAUAACAGUAUCUAGUACAGAUAAAAAACAUAUAAACAUUUGUGCAACACAUUACCAUACAUAUUUUUACAUUAAAUGUACUUAAACACUAUCUAACCACGAGCCUAUGCGCUCCGAGACGGAGCGAAAAUCGCACAUUUAAAUAUCAAUUCGUAAAUAUUUAGAUAUUAUAUCCGAUAAAGAAUAAAAACAGGAUAAAGACUAGACUUUACACUGAUCAACGAUUAACUGCUAACGGUGCCCUGGCUCGCGGUGAUAUUGAAACCGCAACUACCCGCAACAGGAUAGCCACGAAAUAGAGAUGAAACAGAGAGUCCUUUCAAUACACAGUGCUGAAACAGAUUCACUCAUACAGACGCAUGCGACGGUUAACUCACUUUCAGAAUUCAGCGCGCGUUUCCACUGAAGCGAAGCGGAGACGUGUGAUAUUAUAAAAAGAUGACUUAGUAAUAUUAUCACUUCAUCUAACCAUAUUCAGUGGAAACGCUACCUUAUGCUGAGAUUUAUGAAUCGUAUUUUGACUUUCUGAGACGGAGUUAUUGAGCGUAGUUGAUAUCUUUCAAUAACCUGAUUGGUCGAAAACACGUCUCCGCUUCAGCCUUCAGACGACGCUCACUCUUGCACUGACUUCACUGUCCCAUGGGUCAAUAUGUGAGUGCGCAUACACAUAUUCCUUGUAUUGAUCGGGUCUUCUCUCUUUUGUGAGUUAACUAUUUUGUGGGUGUCGUACUUUUUGGCGUCAAAGACACCUUUAUACAUGAACUAUCAAAAACGCCACAAAUAAGCGGUUUACGAUCUGAAUAUCAUAGCGAAUAAGGGCACAGCAACAAUGCUAGCGCCGUCUGCGGUCUGCUACGCAAGCAUUGCGACUGGCAACACAGGUACCUUUUUAAUUAAUUUCAAGCAAUAAUGGUCCAACGUAUUGAUUUUUGACAGAAAACGAUACCUUAUUAUUUUAGUUAUCAGUUGCCGUUAAGUAUUUUAUUUUUGAUCUACCCUCAAUUUUAUUAAUUGUUGUUUGGCUUAAAAAUGCAUAAUUAUUAUUAAAUUCCAGGCUAUUUACAAAAAUAACUUGGGUGUGCAACUGACUUGGCGCUGAAAGAAUAAAAUAACUAUCGAUCUACCCUCAAUUCUUUUUAUAUAUUAUGUAAGAAACACAGAUUAUUGUCAUAAUAGGCUCUAGUAGGCUUGAGAUGAUCUAAUAGCUCUUUUUUCAAAUCAAAAAUCAAUACUUUUGCCCGCAAAGGUGCAUGUGUCGCCAGUGGUACUCAAACAACUGAGCGAAUAUAUAAAAUAUAUUAUAGUUUCCCUAAAACGUAACAUGUGACCAUACCGGACCACUGUCCACACGGGCAAAUCAAUAAUAUACACCAUAAAUGUUACACUGAGGGUAGGCUCAGUUUGGCAUCAGUUAAGUCCGUGAUUUUAAUCACCACGAAACUACCCCCUUGGCAUGAAAUAAAAAGAUAUUUAAAAAAAAGCUGUGAUAAUCACUGCUACAAUAGCAAAAUUGUUGUGAUUGGUUAAAUUAGGCGUAUUAUUGCUGCAACUAUACAUUUUAGCCAAUAGCAAGUGUCAGCCAAUCAGAUUAUCACACUGUAGCUAUCAAACUGUGGUGUAGCCCUCUUAAUGACAGAUUAAUAAGAGACUGAUAAACAUAAGAUGUUUAUUCCAGAUCAGUCCAACCAUAAGUAUCAAAAUUUUCUAAAACCUAAUUCAGUGUCAAAUACUUCUAUAUACAACAGUUAGUCCUAGCGAAUUUUAGGAAUUAAAAAACUAAGAUAUAAUUGCAUAAAUUUUGACGAGUCGCCAUAUUUUCUCUAUGUGUCAACUGUCAUGUUAAAAGAACUGUUUACCCUCGGAUUAAGGACUAAAAUCGUACUUUUGACAUGACAGUUGACACAGAGUAAAAAUGGCGAGUCAUGUUUUAAAAUUUUUUGCACUAUACUUGGGUUCAUUUUACUCUUGAUGUUUAAAACCAUUGCAGGGGUGGGGAAGCCAUUCUGAAGAAAAUCAAGGAUUGCAGCGAUGCCAAACCGAACGUGUAACCUGUCUUACUUUCCUUUACCUACUUAAUAAAUUAUAUAAAUAAUCUGAAUUUAAAAACAAGUCUUAGGUCUUCAUAACAUAUUAUGUCGCAUGUAGUACCGUGAUGAAUACACCCGAUCGGGAUAACUUUGGGAUAGAUCAGAUUGCUUUUUUUUGGGAUGCAUUCACAAAAACGCUUUUUUGUGCGUACAUUUUAAGAUCUCACUCGCCAUCUUUAACCGACGUCGAAAAAAGGAGGAGGUUCUCAAUUCGUCGGAAUCUUUUUUUUUAGUCCUACGUGUCAACUGUCAUGUCAAAAGUACAGUUCACCUUUAAAUUAAGAACUAAAAUUGUUGACAGUUGACAAAUAGAGCUAAAAUGGCGAGUGAGAUCUCAAAAUGUAUGUACAUUACCUUGUUUUAAAAUUAUAUGAUGCGGAUAAAAGGUUUUUGUUAAUGCAUUUCAGAAAAAAAAAACAAUAAAAUUCGAUUUUAGUGUAAAAUGUCAAAGUUACCCCAACUCAGUGUUUCUGUUUUCAGCUACGAAUCAACGGUCUCUACACAUAAAAUAAUAAUAAUCUAUUAUAAAUUAUAAUACACAUAAAAUAGACGAAAAAUAAACAACUUAUUGUAAGAUUUAAACGAUUUCUACUCACGUAAGUCUUAAAAAAACAAGUAGAAUGUGUAGAGACCUCUAACAAUAACUAUUUACAAAGUUGUAGCCAAAACAAAACAAAAACAAAGCUUUAUACGCAAUGAACGCAAGUGACAAUUUAUGUAAUGUAAUAUAACUAUUGUCAUUUGUUUCUGUGAUUCCAAUAUUCAAUAAUACAAUUUUUUUUUAUAUUUUCACAGAAUGUUAGGUGUAUUAUUAAUGAUGAUUAAUUUUUUGUAACAUUUUGCAGUAGACAUACCUCUUAUAUGCUUUCAAUAUGCAUUCGUAUUUAAUAUGAAAACUGUCAACUACAUAUUUACGAAUGAAAUGUGUGACUGUUCAUUUUCAUACGUUAAAAUUUUCGUACAUGAAAAUGCAUGUUACAGUACGCGUCACAAAUGUUGAAAAUGUGUGCAGGGACUGUUUUACUUGAAAUUUUAGAUGCAAUAUCACACCCGUUACCAUAGAAUGACCCGACUACAAAAAGUAUAGUGCAUACAUUUUGAGAACUCUCACGCACUAUUUGCUCUGUGUCAAUUGUCAAGUCAAAAGUACGAUUUUAGUCCUGAAUUUAAAGGUCGACCGUACUUUUGACAUGACGGUUGACACUGACCUAAAAUGGCGAGUGAGUUCUCAAAAUGUAUGCAUUUAUACACAGUUUGAAGCGUAUGAACUGUGCGCACCACUACGUACCAUCAGUAAGAUUAAUCUUGCAAAAAACGUGCGGUAUUAAUGCCUUAUGAACGGGGUCUGAUGUUGUGAAUCUUGCUCCUCUUGGAAAAAAUUACGAGCUCGCUUCGCUCAUCUCGCGUUAAAGUGUCUUCAACUUUAGUGAAACGAACUGUACUCAUGUCAUAGAGCAAUAUUCCACUCACACACACAUAUAGACAUUACCACUCCAGCCCUUGCAUUGGUUCUGAAUGGUCCGUUUUUUUUAUUUUUGGCACACUUCCUUCGAAUUUUGUAAAAUAAUACUACUUGACGCGUGGAAUGGCAGUGUCUAUUGGUUUGAUGGGGUCCCCAUUGACAUGGGUUUCUCAGGUAAACUAAUGGUUUAAAUGAAAAUUAUCCAACCAAUCCUAACCAAUGUCACAGAGUAAAUAUUUAAAUGUAACUUGUGUUGAUAUAAUUGUAUAUUGUACGAGCAUAACUUUGUAAUUAUUGAUAUUUAUGUGAAUAUAAAAUUUCAUAUU